CGUCCGAGGCAAAAAUGACGGACUUCCGACCCUCAACACCAACUUUCUCGGCUCUCGCUAUUUGCAUUACCAACCCAACUUCCUCACUUUUUCGCCCGCCACUCCUCUUCUCUCAACACCCGAAAACCCCUCUCACCAUACCCGUAUAGAUAUCAAUUAGAAAGCGCCGAUUCACAAUGUCAUUACCGUCCAGAUUACUACCUCGGUUACGGCCCCUAAUACCCUCACGAAGCAUCGUCAGCGCCGCACCAAAACGCAUAGAAGACUGGCCGCAGCGCAAUUCCCUUGGUCCAUACUACGAAGUAAUCCUCAACAACCCUUCUCAAAUCCCAAUCGACAAACCAGAAGUCCCCCCUAAAACAGCAGACCCCUCAGUGCAAUCCGAGUUCCCCACGAAAACCGCUGUGCAAACACCAGAAGAAAAAGCACGUUUAGUCUUUGGCUCACGCCUCUUCGGCUCUGCGGAGAAAGACGAGCGCCUAGCAGCACGGCAAGCAAAAGCGACAUACAUAGCUGGCGUUCUCGUACCGCCCAAGCCCGUUGAGCCGGAUAAUUGCUGCAUGAGCGGCUGUGUGAACUGCGUGUAUGACCAGUACCGCGAUGAAUUGGAGGAGUGGCAGCUCAAGAACGCAGAGGCACAAGCUGCGCUGAGAAAACACGAGGGAUAUGUGGAUUCGGACGGUGGAGGGUCAGAGUCGAAUUGGGUCGCGCCAGAGGUCGGCAAGGCCAAGAUUGCGAAGGACUUUUGGGACGAGGAGCUGUAUGCGGAUUUGCCAGUUGGGAUUAGAGAGUUUAUGAAGACGGAAAAGCUUUUGAAGAAGAGGCAUGAGAGUGAAAGGACCGAGAAGAACUGAGUGAAGUGUGGGUUGGAAAGGUUAGUUGGGUUGAGACACGGUGGAAAAGUUUAUACCCCUUUUUUGCAUUUUAUUUAUUGGGGUUUUGGAUGAUAGAGUUGAUGAUUAGACUAUAGACAUGAACAUCUGUAUUAUAAACUUUCAGAAUGGGAGAACUUUGAUAUCGCAAACUUUGGACUUGG